GGCCAGGGGAAUCGCUGUGGAGACGAGGUGCACAUGGGGAGCAUCAUGGCCCCGUUGGUGCAAGCUGCCUUCCACCGCUUCCACUGGUCCCGCUGUAGCCAGCAGGAGCUAGGACGAUACCUACAGUGAGUCUAACACACACACUGUAUAAACACACACACCUACUGUACACACACACACACUGUAUACACACACAUCUACUGUACACACACACUAUAUACACACACUGUAUACACACACACAUGCUUACACACAUUACAAUCCAAACAACUUGUUUACAUUCCUUUUCACUAGAACUGAAUGACUCCAGACAUCAAAGAAACUAUAGGAACUCCACUCUACUAGGUCUGGCAGUGUUCAGCAUACGGUUCUCCAAUAUGAAAACUCAUGCAGCCUGAGGAGGGUUCCUGAACUGAAAUUUUGCUGCAACGAUUGUUCAAAACAAUAAAAUCAAAAAUAUAUUAAAACUCUAGCACUCUCCAUUAUUCACUGUAAAUGAAACCUGAAAUGAAAAUGAAAACACUGUUAGCUCACAUCUCUUUUGACUCCUUCCCCAGAUCCUACGACUGUCUCCGUGACGACCCCUACGAACAUAACUGGCCGUCCCUGCCCAGACUUCCUGGUCUGCACUACUCCAUGAACGAACAGUGUCGCUUCGACUUCGGCGUGGGCUACAUGAUGUGUACCGCGGUAAGAACUCCCCAAAGGAACAGGUGGUAUACUAACACAUCUACUAACUAUAUAUUAAUACUAAUAUAUAUAUGUACUAGGAGAAGUAUCUAUUGCCACCUAACGGUCCUAACGUCUCCCAAAGUUGUACAAUUUGUCAUUAGUUGAAAAGCCAAUUACUUCAGCACCACUUCACACUUCAGUCCCCACUGAUGCAGUAGGAUGACUAUGGUUACAUCCACGCCUGAAUAGAAUAAGUCCUCACUCCUCACUGAAUUAAGUCCCUACCGACAUAAGUCCCCACUUGAAGAAGUAUUUUCCUUGACACUGACUGAAGAGCUUAUCUUUUUAGACAGACUGUUCAAGAGUUGUUCUGAUUGAGAGUUGAGCUGACCUACUCUUUGCUUUGCACACGUUGCUAGAUUACCCUGUAUUCUGUUGUCAAACCAUUCUUUAGCUGCAAAAGGUGGGCCAGGCUGGAACACAGGUAAGGUUAUCCCCCCCCCCCCCAGAGCUUUUUUCUUUAUCUUUUGAUUGAUAUCAGUAUUGUCGUCGUCGUUGCAACGUUACUCUUUUUUUUCCUUUUUUUUUUUGCCCAUCGUCACAUUAUUGUGCCUGGCAUGUGUACUGCAGGAUUCUAAACAUACUCUCUGUUUCUGGUUCCCAUUUAGUACCAAAGAGAAUAAGUAAAAUGCUGGAUUUGUCCCGAACAGCUUUCCUGGAUCCCAUAGCCAGACAAAGUCAACCAUAGCAAAUGAGCUCAACCCUGACACACGCAUGAAUCCGUUUACUGUAAAUAUCUGUGUAACUAUUUGGCCAUUCAGAAAGACAUAUUGGCAUGUAGAAAAUAGGUAGAAAAAGGGUAGAAAGAAAGAGAGAGAGAGAAGUUUCCAGACAGAAAGAAAGGUCUGGAGCGAAAGCUGCUUUUCUAUAUUCAGGUUUAGGAUCCUGCAGUGUCGCGUGCCAGCCUACCAAGCUGAUGUCAUCAGUGCCAACCAACCAUCAGGCUGACUUUUGACCCUGCUGUAACCUCAACUGGAGGGGUCACCUUAGGUCAUUCUGGUUAGGGAGUCUGUCUCGGCUCUGUUAUUGUGGAAAGGGGGACAGAGGGGGGAGCGGAGGGAAACAGGUGAGAGAGAAGAGAGUUUGUCACAGAUCUAAGAUCAGUUUACUCUCCCCAGCAUCCUUACCUGAACCAUUAGGGGCAUGGAAUGAAAAACUGACUAAGGACAACUUUAUUCUUCUCUGAACCAAAGAUCGGUCAUGUUGACCUUUUUAUAUUCACCUUCUGACCUCCUCUCUGACCCCACAGAGCUGCAGGGUGUCUCAGUCAGAGUCUCUCUCUCCUCAUCCUCUUUGGUUGUGUCGGCAUGCUCUCUGGCUUCCUGUACAGCCGUGUUGUUGUAACAGUGAACCAGUGAUGGACUACUACAGUACACUACCGUCUGGACUCCUGUGGAUGUUAUUAUUUUGUAUAUUUUCUUGUACAUGUUCAGUACAGUCACUGGUCCAGUUGAUUUGUUAUCCCUGGUGUAGUAGGUCUGAGGUGAUUUCUGGAAUGUUCUGUGAUGCUAGCUACUCCCAGUGACUGGUGUGUAUGUGAGAAAGAUCUACCCUUUCUUGUGACUGUUGCAGGUCACCUGCCUACGCUGGUGAUAUGUUAAGGUACAGGCUGUGUGUGUAUAAUGUGAGAGGGUGUGUGUGUGAGGAUGUCUCUCUCUCUGUCCAUUGCAGUACCGGACGUUUGACCCCUGCAAACAGCUGUGGUGCAGCCACCCUGACAACCCCUUUUUCUGCAAGACCAAGAAAGGACCGCCCAUCGACGGAACCAUGUGUGGGGACGGGAAGGUACACUAACGCAUGAAAACACACACACACAUAAAUACACACACACAUAAACACACACACAUAAACACACACACCUACAUACAUACAUAAUACAAUUAUUAUUAUUAUUAUUAUUAUUAUUAUUAUUAUACAUACUCUCACACACACACACACACCACAGUAAUGGUAAAAAAAUUAUGCCAUCUGACAGUCUCUGCCCUCUCUCGUCCUAUCACAGCACUGCUUCAAAGGUCACUGUAUCUGGCUGACCAAUGACAUGAUAAAGCAGGAUGGUGGGUGGGGCAUGUGGAGCCAGUUUGGGUCCUGCACUCGUACCUGUGGAGGAGGGGUGCAGUUCAGAACCCGCGAAUGUGACAACCCCAGGUACAUAAAUAUCAAACAACUGUUGAGAAAUCUACCUAGCAACAUUUCCAUGGUAUCAUGGUGAAAAAAUGUUAGAGCUUGUCCUAACAGAACAUAACCAGCAUGGUAUCAUUGCUAUCCAUCACAUUAUGAUGCUUUUGCAAAAAGAUGCGCGUCAUCACUGUUCAUAUUGAUCUAGUGUAACAUUUAUAUCCCUCUGUCUCUCUCUGUCUCUCUCUGUCUCUCUCUCUCUCUCUACCCUCUCCCCCUGUCCUCCCUAGGCCUGCUAAUGGAGGUCGUACCUGUCUGGGUGCUAACUACCAAUUUCAGCUAUGUAACAGCCAGGAGUGUGAGGAGCUAUACAGUGACUUCAGGGAGGAGCAGUGCCGUAGCUUGGACCCCGAGUACGAGUUCCACAACAACAAGCACCACUGGCUGCCUUAUGAACACAGUGAACGUAAGUAGCCUACAAACAGACAGACUUCUCCAAAUGGUGGGUUGGAACGGAGACACUUGUGGGCCUUAAGUCGGCUCCUCUUGCUUUGUGGCCAAAGUCUGUUGUAUCUGAUGUAGAGAGUGUGUGGAAGCAGAAUAACAAGCUGUGUGUGUGUGUGUGUGUGUUGUAGGGGGAUUGGUGAGGGGGAUGUUAUGGUCACCGACAGCUGUUUUUCUGCUGAUCACUGUGAAAACACCCAUCUUCAAAAACAAAACCCUUGUCUAUCAACCUUUCUAAAACAACAACUCCUUUCCUGAACCCCUCUUAAAAAACACUCUCUUUGAACUCUCUCACUCCACCUAAUCACACUGACAUCAUCUGAGCUCUUUUCCAGCCUCUCUCUCUCUCUCUCUAGCCUCUCGCUCGAGUGCUCUCGAGACGAGGCUCGGAGAGAGAGAGAGAUCCUCGGAGCUCUAGAGAGAGAGCGCGGAGCUCUCCCGUCGGCGCUCCUGCUCUCUCUCUCUCUCUCUCCUCUCUCUCUCUCUCUCUCUCUCUCCUCUCUCUUCUCUCUCUCUCUCUCUCUCUCUCUCUCUCUCUCUCUCUCCGUCCCUCCCUCCCUCGCCAGCCAGACAGCUGUUGUGAAUCACAGAGCAUAUGUUUAAUCCAUCAGAACCCAGAAAUAGGAUUCCCAUGCCUUCUUUCUCUCCAUGUCUUCAAAAACACCAUGACAUCAUCUAGAAGUGUGUGUGUGUUUGCAGAGUGUGUGAAGCUUGCGGAUCCACUCCUUCUAAGUGGAGGUGUCAGUGCCUCCUCGCUGUGUAUUAACUGAUGGUCCCAGUGAAGGGCAGAGCUGGAGGGAAAACGCUGACACGUCUCUCAGUCUAAUCCAGGUUCACAGUAGGCUAUGCACAGCGCUGCGCCGAGGAGAACAGUCCCCACGCUAAAUUGUUUUUCUCCACAUUGUCAUUUCUAAAUGCCAUCCUUUGAGCUAAAAUUACUCAAGUAUGUGGAGGAGAGAAAAGGAAGGAAAGAGAAGGGGGGAAGGUAAGGAGAGAGGUUACAAUGAAUUCCAUUAGUGUGUUGUCAUCUCCAGGGUUUAGAGAUGUGAGAACAGGAGUGAGUCUGUGUUCAAAUCCAGACGUUGCUCCAGAUCUAAUAAUUAAUUAUGCCUGUUGUGAAAUACUGUCGAUGUUUUUAGCCGUCACCAUCCUCCUAGCAAUACUCUGGAGUUCAAAAAAACACUUUUUACAGGCGCUGAUUGUUCCAGCUGCCAGGGUCCAGCUGGUCAGGGGGAUCAGUCAGCCCUUCUCACCCAGAGAACUCUCUCUCUCUCUGGGAUGAUCUGUGGCGUCGGCCCCCUCACUGGGGACUCUGGCUGGAAGAUUGAGGGAGUGAGGGACUGUGUAAUGGCAUAGCAUCACCAUGAGUGGACUCAGAGCGUUUCUAAUACUUUUUCAUAUCCGUAAGGUAAUCAAUCACAGUGCACUCUGAACAUAGCGUACCGAAGACAUAGUCAUCUCAGAUCACACAGUGAUUCUGUGGCUAGCUAAAUCUAGUCCGACUCAGUAGUGUAGAGUCAAAUUUGGGGCAAUUUGUGUUGCAGCAAGUAGACAUACACAUUGAACAGGCAAAUCCACCUUAAUGCUAAUCUCGCAUGCCAGACAUUAUAGCCAUGGCAUAGUCGGGGUAGACACACGUCUGGGAGAUUACGUAAACAUAUACAGGCUAGACAGAGAUACUCCACGGCCUACUCUGACCUGUGUCCUUAUUGUAGAGGAUAUAUGCUGGGUCUGCCUUGUACUACUAAGUGAUUUACCUGUUUAGUAUAAAUCCAGAUCUCUUUACAAGCUGUUUAGAAUAAAUCCAGAUCUCUUUACAAGCUGUUUAGAAUAAAUCCAGAUCUCUUUACAACCUGUUUAGUAUACAUCCAGAUCUCUUUACAACCUGUUUAGAAUAAAUCCAGAUCUCUUUACAAGCUGUUUAGAAUAAAUCCAGAUCUCUUUACAACCUGUUUAGUAUAAAUCCAGAUCUCUUUACAACCUGUUUAGUAUACAUCCAGAUCUCUUUACAACCUGUUUAGUAUAAAUCCAGAUCUCUUUACAACCUGUUUAGUAUAAAUCCAGAUCUCUUUACAACCUGUUUAGUAUAAAUCCAGAUCUCUUGUACAACCGUGUUUAGUAUACAUCCAGAUCUCUUUACAACCUGUUUAGUAUAAAUCCAGAUCUUUUCACAACCUGUUUAGUAUAAAUCCAGAUCUCUUUACAACCUGUUUAGUAUAAAUCCAGAUCUCUUUACAACCUGUAAUAUUGUCUGAUAUAGUCACAGUAUGUUGUCAUGGUUCUGUAUAUGGGUCUGUUGCUAACUGUAUGUAAAUAAAGUAUUGUAACGUGUGUGUGUGUGUUUGCGUGUGUUGUGCAGCUAAGCAGCGCUGCCAGCUCCAUUGCCAGUCCAAGGAGACCAGAGACAAGAUCAACAUGCAGAGGCUGGUCCAAGACGGCACGCUCUGCUCAUAUAAAGACUCCUACAGCGUGUGUGUGCGCGGGGACUGUGAGGUCAGUCCGUGUGUAUGUGGGUUUCUUUUAAUGAUAUUUAGGGUUACACAAUGCUAGUCCAUUUUGCAACCCAAAUGAUGUGUGUGUGACUGUGUCAGGUGUCAGUGUUCAUAACUUUGUGAAGUGUGUGUGUGUGUCCAUAUUAACUCUAGGUGUGUGUUUGUGUGUGUGUGUGUGUGUGUGUGUGUGUGUGUGUGUGUGUGUGUGUGUGUGUGUGUGUGUGUGUGUGUGUGUGUGUGUGUGUGUGUGUGUCUGUAUGCAUGUGUGUGUGUGUGUGUGUGUGUGUGUGUGUGUGUUGCAGAAAGUGGGCUGUGACAGCGUGGUAGGGUCCUCCCAACAGGAGGAUAAGUGUGGUGUCUGUGGAGGAGACAACUCCAGCUGCAAGAUAAUCAAGGGCAACUUCACACGCAGUGCCAAGAAACAAGGUACACACAGACACACACACACACACACACACAUGCACACCAUCACCACCACACUGGCAGACAGAGACCAAUGAGGUAAUGUGUAGCUGAGUUGUCAGACCCUGGAACAUGAGAAAACAGAUCAGGAAGUGAGAUAGAUGAGGUUGUUUUCCUGGCCUGGGUCCUCCGAUGAUGAUGAUGAUGAUGAUGAUCCACUGGAUAUCUAACUAAAGAUCCCCCUCUACUGGUCACAGAGAGUCAAUGAGCUGGCCAGAGUCAUGUCCAAACGCUAUGCCAUAUUAAAUUAAUAUCAUCCAGCUGAAAUAAUAAUUUCCUGGACUUGACUGUUGUUGACCCUGGCUGGCAAAGCAGCGCAGUUAAAGUCUUAUUUGAAGCAAGUAAAAACUCGAGACAUGAACCCUGUGUUCCUCAGAUGAACAAUAACGUUUAGUGAAAAUGUAUCCUGACCAAGUUGAAAAGACAUCUGUGGGUGUCUGGACCUUAUGGAAAUGUGUGUGUUUUCCUUUCAGGUUUCCUCAAAGUACUUGAAAUCCCUCGAGGGGCUAGACACCUACUGAUCCAGGAGAUUAAGCCAACCGCUCACAUUUUAGGUAUGGUGUGUGUGUGUGUGUGUGUGUGUGUGUGUGUGUGCGUGCGCACGCGUGCGUGUGUGCGCGUGUGUGUAUGCGCGUGUGUGUGUGUGUGUGUGUGUGUGUGUGUGUGUGUGUGUGUGUGUGUGUGUGUGUGUGUGUGUGUGUGCUUGCGUGCGUGCGUGCGUAUGUAUUCCAGUCUAUAACUCCACCUCCCUCCCCAGCGGUGAAGAACCAGGCUUCAGGACAGUUUUUCCUGAACGCUGAGGGAGACCUCCCAGAAUCCCGUGCGGUCAUAGAAAAGGGCGUGGAGUGGGAGUAUGUGAAUAAUGACCACGACAAGGAGACAUUACAGACCAAUGGACCGCUCAGACACGGGGUCCUAAUCAUGGUACACACACAGAGAAACAGACACACACACAAACACACACACACUAACUAACACCUACAAAUGUAAAGCAUACUGUUGUUUCCCUGUGUCCAGGUGCAGUCCCAUGGAGAUGCCAAGGUGACCCUGUCCUAUAAGUACAUCAUUCAUAUGGACCUUCUGUCUGCUAUAGAGAACAACAUGCUGCUGGAUGACACCUCCUUUUAUGAGUGGGCCCUGAAGAAAUGGUCCUAUUGCUCCAAGCCCUGUGGGGGAGGUAUUUUACUGUUACACCGCUAGCACAGGAAGACACUGGGGAACAUGAUAGGAGUUUUGGAUGAGGACCUAUUUGUCUAACAGAUGUUUGUGUUUGUCCUGCCUGAAAAGGUAAGCAGUAUACCCGGUACGGCUGUAGAAGGAGAGCAGACAGUAAGAUGGUCCACCGGCGCUACUGUGAGAACAUCAAGAAGCCUCGCGCCAUCAGCAGAGACUGCAACCAGAAGGAGUGCUCCCAGCCCAUGUACGUAUGGAUGUGUGGUUUAGAUUUAUGUUUAGAUAGAGGAUGGCCCCGUACCAUUUCACUCCUUGUUCUCUACACCGUGAACCUGUCAACACCAAAGAGGUUAAAGAGGUACCAGGUCUAAGAGGUAUGUCUUUUUUUGUACCUCCCGCUAACUCUCUCUGUUCUCUGUCUGUCUAGCUGGGAGGAUGGUCCGUGGGAGCCGUGCAGUAAGACAUGUGGUAAAACAGGGUACCAGAUGAGGUCUGUUCACUGUGUCCAGUCCUUAGACAACGGCAACAAGCGCUCCAUCCACAGCAAGUACUGCAACAACGACCGGCCUGAGGCACGCAGACCCUGCAACAGAGAGCUCUGCCCCGCACAGUGGAGAGUAGGGUCCUGGUCACAGGUAGGGAUGGAUGGGGGGGGGGGCUGGGGGAGCUGGGGGGGUUGGGAGUGCUGGGGGGGUUGGGAGUGCUGGGGGGGGGGGGGGGGGGGGGGCUGGGGGAGCUGGGGGAGCUGGGAGUGCUGGGGGGGUGGGAGUGCUGGGGGGGGGGGGGCUGGGGGGGCUGGGGGAGCUGGGGGGGCUGGGGGUGCUGGGUACUGGGGAGCUGGGGGGAGCUGGGGGGAGCCGGGGGGGCUGGGGGUGCUGGGUACUGGGGGUGCUGGGGGGGCUGGGGGGAUAUAUGAGGCUAUUAUUUAGUUUGUAGGUGUGUCUGUGAGGGUGAGACCAGGUGUGUAGGGCUGUCUGUGAAGGUGGGACCAGGUGUGUAGGUGUGUUUGUGAGGGUGGACCAGGUGUGUAGGGGUGUCUGUGAGGGCGGGACCAGGUGAGUAGGGGUGUCUGUGGGGGUGGACCAGGUGAAUAGGGGUGUCUGUGAGGUUGUGACCAGGUGUAUAGGUGUGUCUGUGAGGGUGGGACCAGGUGUGUAGGGGUGUGUGUGAGGUUGGGACCAGGUGUGUAGGGGUGUCUGUGAGGGUAGGACCAGGUGAAUAGGGGAAUGUGUGAGGGUGGGAGUAGGUGUGUAGGUGUGCGUUGUUGUGUAUAGCCUAUUCCCACACUUGUUCCUGUAUUGUGUGACCACAGUGCUCCGUGACGUGUGCAAAUGGGACACAGCAGAGGCAGGCGUUGUGUCACACGCGUGACAACACCAUCGGUCUGUGUCUAGACAGCAAGCCAGACACCAUACGCAUCUGUAGCCUGGCGCCCUGUCCCAGUGAGUAUUAUGGCCAGGUCCCAUUAUCCUAUACACAAUAUUUAACUCAUCUUAUUUAGUUCCCUUGUGCCACUACUUGCCAGCAGCAUACCACCCUGCAUCCCACUGCUGGCUUGCUUCUGAAGCUAAGCAGGGUUGGUACUGGUUGGUCCCUGGAUGGGAGACCAGAUGCUGCUGGAAGUGCUGUUGGAGGGCCACUAGGGGGCCCUCUUUUCUCUGGUGUAAGGAGAUCCCAAUGCCCCAGGGACAAGGAGGAGGCACUGCCCUGCACAGGGUGCCAUCUUUCGGAUGGGACGUUAAGCAGGUGUCUUAACUCUCUGUCGUCAUUAAAAAUCCCAUGGCACUUAUCAUAAGAGUAGGGGUGUUAACCCCGGUGGCAUGGCUAAAUUCCAAAUCUGGCCCCAUUCCAUCAGGGCCACCUAAUCAUCCCCCUCAUUCCUAAUUGGCAUAUAUCACUCCUCACCUCUCCACCUGAUAGCUGAUGUGUGGUUAGUUAGUAGAAAAGCCCUAUAUAAAUCCAAUCCAUUAUUCUUUAUUAUUACUACUGAUUGGUGUAUUAAUGGCAUGUAGAAUAGACAGUAGAAGUCUCUCCUGACUCAUAGUCAUUUUCCUCUCUGAUGUUUUUCUCUCCUUGCUCCAUCUCCAGGAGGCUCGUCAGACCUGAAUAAGAAUGGCAACAUCCUGAUCCAGUGGCUGUCCCGUCCAGACCCAGACUUGCCCUACCAGAGGAACAGCUCACGUAAAAAACCAUCCCUUUAUAGCUCUGGGCCCGGCCUCCGGUGCAUGGCUGUCCUGACCUGGACCCUGACCUCUCUCUCUGUCCUCUUCACCCUGCAACAGGCCUGGGCUAGGGGCCCUGGGGGCAGGCUCACUCCCUGA